UGUUACUAAUUGCUGGCGGAAGUUAAACCGAAAUAGCUGUAACUUAGUAGUAUUCCGUUAUACAUAAGGGGACUGUUUUAUGAAAGAUUUAAUGCUAUAACGUUAAGUUACUCCAGUCAUACAUUUUACCGUAAGCGCAUUUAAAACGUUUAUUUUCUUUCUUUUGAACGUUGUUCAGUAUUAACUUAGCUACGUAGCGUUAACCUCAGCUAACGUUAGCCACAAGUCAUUGUUUGUUAACGUUUUGUCUUUGAUAGAGGACUAAUGUUACUCUGCUAACAGCUUCCUCUAAAGAGCAGUUGGCAACAUUACAGAGAAGUUAAGGACCUCAUUCCUGCACAGAUGAGGAACAAAGAGGAACAACAGAGGUUUCAGCCUUCACACUGUCUUUGAUGGAUUGAGGACAGCGUCCGUCCCCUCACUCACCUUCUCCAUUCCCUGACGAUCCCCCACUCUACAAAACCGUUUUCAAGCAGCUUCUGUCUUCGCAGUAUACUGCAGGCUUAGUAAAAAUAUGGCAGGUACUCAGGCUCCAACUCGCAAGGGAUUCAAAAGACCAGCUCAAAAGAAAGUAAAGCCUUCCACCAAACACAAGAAACGCAAACAUUUGUCUCAGAACCUCAGAAGCAGUGCGGAGCGAUUUCGAGUGAACAUUGGAUUGGCAUUUGGAAGUUGGCGUGAACUGAAAGCAGAAAAAGGAUUGAGGUCUGAUGCAGAAGUCGCCCUGUGCCUUCUGGAUGAAAGGAAGAGGUUGACCUCAGAGUCAGCCACCUCUGGAGCGAGUGAUAAAAGGAUUAAAUUCUCCCAAUCUGAAGUGCAGACUCUUAUCGAGCAGGAGGUUCGCAGUGCGGUGGAAAAGAAUGAAACCAAGCUGCAGGGUUUAAUAGAAACUAUUCAACAGCUGGAUUAUGAAAGCUCGAUUCAAAAACUGGAGGCUCGAAUUAACACAAUAACGGAGAGAGCAGAAGCGGCUCUAGCCUGUAUGACAAAGACAAAGAGCCCGCCGUCAUCUGUUGUUAACAGGGACAUCGUCAGGUCAGAAUCUCAAGAUGAAACCAUGGAAACCGUUUCACAGAACAAAACGAGCAUGAAGCGCGUGGAGAAGAGUGGAGAGCUCUUUGAAACGAUGGAAACCGCAAAAAAAGAACUGAAGAAGAUGCGUGCAGAUAAUGAAGCUUUUACGGCUGCCAUAACAAAUUUAAGCGAGAAGCUGCCUCCUCCAGUUAUUCCCCCUCACGGCUCUCCUGAGCGGAAGGGACUUGUCAUAAAGAUGGAGCCAAAAGAACAGCAGGAACAAGAAAACACUUCCAAGCAGUUUGAGGAGCCAAAGGCGGAGAGGGUAAAAGCAGAAUGUCUUUCUCCUGGUUCCGAGCACACAGGCACACAUCAGGCCAAGCUAUUGUAUCCUCCUCUUCCGGCCACCCCCUUCCCCUCUAUCCUCAGCGCGGAGGCAACUGCAUACAACAUCCCCCAGAGAGUGGAAGUACAGCUGGCUCUGAUCAGAAAGCCCGCUACACUCUCUGUGCUGUGGAAACUGGGGGAGAUAGACCCGUCUGCGCCACCCAUGGAUAGUUACAACGUCUUCAUGACCACAGAAAAGACUAAAGGGAGCUGUGUCUUCGCGAGUUGGAGAUCCCUCGGAGAGAUGGUUGCCAUCCCUCUGCCCAUGUGUGCGAUGAUCAGCAAGUACAAGCCUGGGCACAAGGUGUGUGUGGCUGUGGUGGGCAAGGACAAGUUUGGCCGGUACGGACCCUACAGUAAAGUUGUCACUGCAGCCCUACCUGACUAGUUGGGAGCAUGGUAUGGACUCAAGGGACUCAAGAGACGACACAAGCAGCUACUGUCAGGUGGGCUUUACACACCUAUUUGUUUCAUCCUCAGUUAGAUUGUAAGUUAACAACAUGAUGCCCACCAGCAGUGAUCACGGUUCCAAUGGAAGCAGCAUAUAUAGCUGUGUUUAAGGUGGUUCUUUCUCAGUUUGUUUGUCUACCACUCAUUCAGAAGAUCAGUACGAUGACUAUUCUUUUGUUUUUUUUGAGCUAAUAAAGUUGACCAUAUAUGUA